AUUCUCAUAAUUCUCAUAAUUCUUGAUACAAACUUGAUAUAAUCACCCAAUUAUCGCCAUACCCUCAAACCACGAAUUAUCUGCCUUUCACUUGCCUAUCCAUUCAAUCAGUUUGCCUUUUAAUCCUGGCAAACCCCGUGUACACAUGCCCUUCCCCUCCCAGCUUGAAUCCCCCCCAUAUGAUAUGUCUGCACUGGAAAAUGUAAUGCGUUGCUUCCCUGGCGUGCGACGGAAGAAUCAUCGGGGGGGGGAAAGAAUCGAACAGAUGGUGCGAAUGCUUGUGUUGCGAUCUAAGCAUCGGUAUCUUUUGGUCGUCCACGUCGUUGUCGUCGUCGUCGUCGUCGUCGUCGUCGGUAGCGUGAUGCACGCCGUACUCAUUGCAACUAUAUUCUGCCGCGUAUCCCUUGGCAGGCUUCUUCAUUCACUUCCAGAAGACACUUAUGCGUUUCCUAAAUACAAAGUCUCUUUCCUGAACAGUCUUCCCAUCCUUAACCAAACUGCUGAACGGUGGCUCAAGGAUGGCCUUGAUGGCGGUGAAGCUCAGUUUCUCGAACAGCCGUAUAGCAUGCAGUCCCAGUCGAUUGAGUCGGGGGAUGCAGAGGAAACGACCCCAAAAUUUCAGGAAAGAUAUUCCCUAGAACACAUGAAAUUAGGGCCACGCGACUCUUACCUAUGUCUGAUACCACCGCCACUUCUCCCGCCUUCCGAGUCUCCCUUGCCCCCUUCCCAGGAAGAGGAUGCUACACCCGCACACAGCUGGUCUCUCCUCCAGCCGCUUUCUGGGAGCUGCCUCUACCACCGCCAGGGCUGGUUCACCUACUCUUACUGCCACGACAGCGAGAUUCGCCAAUUCAAGGAACUGAUGCAUGGCCACGCACAUGCUUCGACUCCAGAAAUUCCGCUUUUUCUUGAGUUUAUUUCUGGUACUUUCCCGUCAUCACAUUCGGCGUUAGUGGCCUUAUCCAUAACUCUCGUAUCGCUUUAUUCCUGGGGUCCUGAUCCGUUUCCUUCCUUCUUAGGUGGUUACAAGCCAGAAGAGGACCCCAAGUGGGAAUCCUACACUCUAGGCAAAGCACCACCCGCAAGCACCGACGUUGCCCUUCGGGAAGGGACUGUUGAGCUGGCACGCGGGGCCGGGUCGCGCUACCUUGUCCAAAGAUGGGGUGAUGGUACAACUUGUGACAAAACAGGCAAGAGUCGGGAAGUUGAGGUGCAGUUUCACUGUUCGAUGGCCAUGUCGGACACAAUCCUGUUCGUCAAAGAGAGCAAGACUUGUUCCUACGUGCUAGUUAUCAAUACUCCCAGACUCUGCGGGGAACCUGGCUUCAAGUCGAGGAGAGAUGUAACUGAGCAAAGUAUCAUCAGAUGUCGGGAGAUCGUCCGUGAGAUGCCCAAUCCACUUCCGGUCAUGCAGACAACACUGGACUUUCCCCACAAGCUUGCGAGGGUGAAAGCCGAGUUGCCGCCCGCUCCGGUGAAAAAAGUGAAGGGAGGCAGUGAGUCUUACGAUGAUCUCUUGCGGAAAGCGGUAGAUGUGCUGUUUGGUUCGGGCGGCAAAGUAGGCGAGCUUGAGCCAGGAAAGGUAGUCGUGUCCGAUGACGGAGAAGUUGUCGUGGAAAUUUUUGAGGACCUGGAUGAUCUCGAUGUCGGGAAAGGCGAUGGUGCCCUUGCGGACCGGCUGAUAGACGCACUUCGUGCGGCAGGGAUAGAGGUUGCUACUCAGGGAGAGGAAGAGGAGGAAGAGAGGAUUCGUGAUGAGCUCUAGGUCUGCUGUACGUCUUACCGAAUGGAUUUGCUGUACUUUAUAUCACUGAUCAAUUGCACUUGAAACGGAAAAGCAUCUCUAAAAGCCAGAC